CGGAGGAAGAGAUACUUGGACCCUCCUGAGUGGUUGCAGAACUCUGACCUAGUGGACCUUCUAUGAGGAGGAAGUCCCUCCAUACUCUUCAGUCGGGUCUCCUCGUCCUCCAUGGAAGAUGCUCCUCCUGCUCCUGGCUCUUGUCCUCUAUGUGAGGGGUGAGGGCUCCCCCCCAGAACGUUCCGAAUGUUUCACGGUGAACGGGAAGGAUUAUCGGGGUUCCGUGAACCGCGCCGGAGCAGAAGACAUCCAGUGUCUCUACUGGAACCAAACCAUCCAGCACCGCUUCAACGCCCAUUCCGACCCGUCUGGGGAACUGGGACUCGGGGACCACAACUACUGCAGGAACCCGGACUCUGACGUCCAGCCGUGGUGUUACGUAUCGGAGACGGAGGAUGGGCAGUACUGGAAGUUCUGCGAUAUCCCGACAUGCCACAUGCCCGGGUACAUUGGAUGCUUUGUAGACUACGGGACUCCUCCGGCUCUUUCCGGGAGCAGCGGAACCUCCGGAAAACUGACCAUCCACACCUGCAUCCAGUUCUGCCGAAUACGGGGGUAUCAGUAUGCAGGUCUGGAGGCCGGCUACGCCUGUUUCUGCGGCAGUCCUUCCGAUGUGGCCUUGUUGCAGAGGGUUAGCAGCUCCCAGUGUGACCAUACGUGCUUCGGGAAGGCCAGCGAGGUGUGCGGUGGAGACGGGAAUCUCAGCGUGUAUAGCACGUGGAUCGGGGCCUGCAGCGGGAACUUCUCUUCUCUAUCCGGAGUCCUCUACUCUCCGGAUUAUCCCGAUGAAUACGGUCCGGGCAGCUCCUGUUCUUGGGAUAUUCACACCCCGGGAGCCGCCACCAUGGAGAUCACCUUUCAUAUCUUCCACGUUGAAGACCCAAACGACGUUCUGGAGGUGCGAGAUAAAGAAACGGGAAGUCUUCUCACCCAAAUAAAAGGAGGCCAGGAUCCUCCCAACACUGUGACCUAUCCAACCGGAUCUCUCCGCCUCACCUUCACGUCUGAUGGCGCACGCAGCGGCCAGGGAUUCGCCCUGACCUACAGAGGUAAUUCUACCACUCCAGUUGAAGGAAAGACCAAUAACACCUGGUUCCUCCUGGCGGCUGGAUUGACCCUCCUGGCUCUCGGGAUCGGCUACUUCAUAUGGCAGUAUGCCCCCCGUGGACGGCGGGUUCUGGUCCAGGGAACAGACGAUGAGCGUCCAUGCAGCUUCAUGCUAUGCCGACAAACAAAGGGGCCGACUGGGGAUCUGGCCAGCGUCAAUCAGUCUUCAAUGAAAUCUCUGAUCUGACGGUCC